AUGCAACCCAAUUACUUUGUCUGCACCCUGGGUCAAGCUGCCGCUUUGAACACCAAUCCCAAGUCAUACCGAAACAUCAGCGAAUUCAUCAGUCAGCAGGCCCAGCAUCACCCCCUACUUCCAGCCGUUGGUUUUCCCAUCCCACAGCCAGACCAACAAAAAUGGCCCUACAAGGUCCUUACCUUUGCAGACGUUGACCAAGGAACGCAUGUAUUUGCUUCACGGCUUUGCAAUACACGUGGCCCAAGCUCAUCUGGUACCCCCCAGACAGUUGCUCUACUGUGCCAUAGCUCUCCCGAGUUCCUCUUCACGUGGUUGGGGCUGAUAAGGCUGGGCUACGCCGUCCUCCUGAUUGCGCCUCAGUGUCAGCCCGCGGCCAUAUUACAUCUCUGCACAUCGUCCCAGGUUUCUGUCUUCUACCAUGAUGCCGCUCACACUGAGAGGGCUCACAAGACGGAAAGCCUGGCAACAGAACAAGGAAUCCCCGGGCUUGAAGUACGUCUGUUGCCACUGCUUGAUUCAGAAGACAUCUUUACGGCGAUUCAAGUACCUAUUGAACAUGAUGCUGUACCUCUCGAUGUCGAUGAACGAGCCGUUGCAUACUUACACCACACCUCUGGUACCUCUUCAGGUCUCCCAAAGCCCAUCCCACAAUCUCAUCGUGCGGCCAUUGGAGUCCUUCCCCAUCUCCCCAAGAUACCGACUAUAGCUUCAUUCACCACCACCCCCCUAUAUCACGGAGGGAUCGCGGAUUUGUUCAGAUGUUGGACCAGCAACGCUCUGAUCUGGCUGUUUCCGGGCAAAGACGUACCCAUAACUGCACGUAAUAUCUGUAGCUGUCUAUACACAGCUCAGUCAUAUGCUUCAACACUAGGUCUACCCGAGGUCAAGUAUUUCUCAUCGGUUCCUUAUAUUCUACAGAUGAUGGAAGCUGAUGAGAAAGGCCUUGGUUUACUGCAAGGUAUGGACAUUGUGGGAGUUGGCGGCGCGGCGUUACCAGCAGAAGUCGGUGAUAGGCUGGUCAAGAACGGAGUCAAUCUCAUCUCCAGAUUUGGUAGUGCAGAGUGUGGCUUUAUUUUAUCAUCUUAUCGUGAUUUCGCUACGGACGAUGAUUGGCAGUAUCUGCGAAACUAUAACCCACCAAAGUUAGUGGAAUUUGAGGAGCAAGAGGGUGGUCUUGCGGAACUCGUGAUAAAACCCGGAUGGCCACAUAUGGCGAAGAAAAACCGGUCUGAUGGGUCGUUCGCAACCGCCGACUUGUUCGCUCCACAUCCUUCUGUCCCGAAUGCGUGGCUUUACCAUUCACGAGCAGACUCACAACUCACGCUCAUAACGGGGAAGAAAUUUGACCCAGCGCCACUUGAAGAUGCCAUGGCAACGUCUCCUCACGUUGAAGACGUGCUGAUAUUUGGAAAUAACCGACCCUUCCCAGGUGCACUCCUUUUGCGAUCAGCAGAAUCGAGUGACAUGUCGGACCAAGAGCUUCUCAGUGCCAUAAGAGCACAUGUCGAGAAGCUCAACAGCGAAAGUCAAGACCAUGCAAGGAUACCGUUCGAUAUGCUCGUUCCACUACCUCAUCAAGAACAACCGCUCGAAAAGAGUAGCAAGGGGACCAUCAUCAGAAGAGCGGCAGAAUCUCGCUUCGAGGACGUUAUUGAUAACGCGUAUGCUUCCCAAGACUCGGAUUCAUCGCCUGAAGUGAGCGAUCAAGAUCUACCGCAAUAUCUGAUCAAACUUAUACAAGGCAUGACCGGCCAGUGUUCCGAGCUCAGCGAAGACAUGGACUUGUUUUCAUAUGGAGUGGACUCGAUUGCAUGCAUGCAGCUGAGAACACGUCUGAGACGUUUGAUACCGGGCUUGGAAGGGCAGUUACCUAUGAGCGUGGUAGAAGAUUGCGGUACGAUACGACGACUGACAAAUUAUAUCCUACGGAAGAGGCACAGGGAAAGCGAUGCAGACGAGGAAGACGAAGAAAAGGCAAUGAGGGACCUCGUGAAACAGUACGGGACAUUCGGAUAUCCCCAAACGCAGACGAAAACCUCAACUAACGGAACUCUUGUCAAGGAUAAGGAUGCUGAAGUGGUAGUACUUACUGGAGCUACCGGUGCAUUGGGUGCCCACAUUUUGCAUUUGUUGCAGAAAAAUCCAGACGUGGAAGCCAUUUAUUGCCUCGUCAGAGGGUCAGAUGAACAUGCGGCGAAGGAACGAGUUAGAAAAGCGUUGGAACAGCGCGGUCUGACCAACCCGGGGGCAUCUGACAUAUUAAAUGACAAGAUCAAGGUCAUACCCUCACAGCUGGGUGAAGGGCGUCUGGGUCUAGGCGACGAAACCUACGAUUACCUAGCAGAAAAGGCUACGUCCAUCAUUCACAUCGCCUGGACAGUAAACUUCCGCCUCAAGCUCCGCAGCUUCGUUACAGACAACAUCGCCGGCGUAAGGAAUUUGGUCGAUCUCGCACUCACAGCACAGCGCUCUCAACCUCCUCGCUUCACAUACUGCUCUUCGACUGCCGCUAUCAUAAACGCUCCUGUCAACCAAAACAACAAACUCCCGGAACAACUAUCCUCAGAUCCCUCUUCAGCCUCUCCACUCGGCUACUCACGUUCGAAAUGGGUGGCAGAGCAUAUCUGUCUCUCAGCACAUGAGCAAACGCGUCUUCACGGACGUAUAGCAGUUGUACGCGUAGGUCAGCUCGCCGGGGCCUCAACAUCAGGCAUAUGGAACACCAAAGAAGCUUGGCCCAUGAUGCUCAGCACCGCAAGCCUAAUCCAUUGUCUACCUGAUCUCGGCUCUGGGCCCCUAGAUUGGCUCCCUGUUGAUUUGGCCGCAAAAGCAUAUCUGCAAACGACGACUUCAGAUACCGAAAGAACGCACAUGCCUGUCUACCACGUACUUAACCCGCACCAAGAGCCGACGUGGCAUCAGAUGCUGCUGUGGCUGCAGAAGAAGGAAAAGUUUGACAUUGUGAGUCCGAAAGAGUGGGUGAAACGCUUAGAGGAAUCGGAUGAGUCGGAGCACUCUGCGCUGAAGCUGCUAGGGUUGUGGAAGGAGGCUUAUGCGGGUGGUGAGGGUGAGAGUGAGGUCAAAGAGGACCCGAGGAAGCAGUUUGACAUUCAGGAGACGUCUAGACGUGUUGAAGCACUCAGGGAUGUGAAGCCUCUGAACGAGGAGUACGUAGGUAAAGUCUGGGACUGGGUCCAGCGCGAGGUGCGCUGA